AUGUCUCUAUAUCACGAAACAGCCGAGUUCCUGACAGCGCCUACCAACGUUGGGGGAAGUUUGAAGUCACGAAUUUUCAGCAAAAAGGACCUAAAAUCACAACCGGCCCAGAUUUACGCACUGGCCAUCGAGUCGUGUAAGUGGAGCUCGGUUUUGAAAGAGGUCAUCGAAAAGGCCGAUAUUUUACGUGUGGAGCGGAAGCUUACACCUGUACUUUCUGUACUUCUUGUUCACGAUUUCCUCUUGGCGAAAAGAGGCAUUGCACUUCCAGCAAUUCAUGGCCUCAGAAGUUCAGUGGAACGUCAUAAGGGAAGGCUGCAAUCCGAAUUCACGAAAGCUAGACUUAAGCGGAAAUUGAGCUCGGUUGAGGCGCUGAAAGCUCAUAUCGAAGCUGGUCUGGAGAAUAGCGCUGAUACUUCCGAGGCACCUUAUCCACGAUGGGUGCGUAUCAACACUCUUAAGACCGAGCUCGAGGAUCAACUUGAGACGACGUUCGCCGGAUAUGAGCGUGCUACCACUGUUGAUGCUGUACGGCAACGUGGGUCGAAGCGGGUAUUUAUUGACGGCAACAUUCCGAAUUUAGUCGCCAUUUCGCCAAGUAUCGACCUCUCCAAAAGCGACGCAUACAAAUCUGGAGCUAUCAUCUUCCAGGACAAAGCAUCAUGCUUUCCGGCAUAUCUUCUUGAUCCACUGCCGGAGGAUGGCGACGUUAUUGAUACUUGUUCGGCACCUGGUAAUAAGACUACUCACAUUGCUGCCAUUCUGCUUUCUCAUAAUCCGGAGCCGGAGAAGUGUAAGCAGAAGAUUCAUGCUUUCGAGAAGAAUAAGGGGAGAGCAGAGACUCUUGAGAAAAUGGUCUACCAAGCGGGGUCAGAUGGUUUGACGAAACUUCACCCUGGACAAGACUUCCUCAAGACAGAUCCCGAGGCACCGACUUUUAAGAGAGUUGGAGCCCUACUACUAGACCCCAGUUGUUCUGGAAGUGGCAUUAUUGGAAGGGACGACAUGCCUGAAUUGCACUUGCCGGUUCUUAAACAAAAGGCAAGUGCGGAUUCGUCAAAGAAUUUCAAGAAAGGCAAGGUCACGAAAGCUCCUGAGCCGACUGAACAGACCCGGAAGCGCAAGCGUGAGGAACCCGAAGAGCCGCUGGAUGUAUUGGUUGACGAUGAUGGGAUGGUCACCGCUGUCGAUACCGAGGAUGAGUUAAAAGCUCGACUAACAGCUUUAUCCAAAUUCCAGCUCGAACUACUACUUCAUUCUUUCAAAUUCCCAUCCGCACGGAAGAUCACGUACUCCACGUGCUCCCUUUACGCCGAAGAGAAUGAAAAUGUGGUCAAGCAGGCGCUUGAUUCAGCGAUUGCCAAGGAGAGAGGAUGGCGGAUUCUGAAGCGUGAUGAUCAGAUCAGGGGAAUGAGAGAGUGGUCAAACCGGGGAUCGCUGGACGCUUGCGAUGGGAAUACCGUGCUUGCGGAAUCCUGCAUAAGGGCCAACAAAGGCGAUGAGUAUGGCACUAUGGGAUUUUUCCUUGCUGGAUUUGUGCGAGAUCUAAAGGUGCCUGAGAACAUCGAGGCACAGUUCCUUCGAGAUGAGCAAGGUCAUCUUGUGAGAGAUCUGAUGGGCUUCCCCGUCAAAGCCGGAUCAGAGGACGAAGAGCCAGCCACGAACUAUGUCACCGAGACCAAAAUCGCUGAAGAUGAGAUGGUGGAAGACCAACACGAAUGGGGUGGCUUUGAUGAUAAUGAACAGUCAGCUCCUAAGCACGAGGUCAAAGCCGACAAGAAGCUUCCCGAGAAAUCCAAGAAGCAAGAAGUAGAUCGAGCUAGUAAACACUCACACAGCGCUAUCAGGAACCGCCAGGAUCUGGUCCCCAAGAAGAAGAAACGGAAAAAUUGA